CGCGGCCGGCAGUGGCAGGCACGCCCGCGCGGAGGUGCCAUCGCCCGCCCUGCGCCACGCCCGAGUCUGCCGCUCGCCGCCAGCCACGCCCGCUCCCAGGCCAGGAGCCAGGAUGGCACUAGCUCUGUGUCUGCAGGUGCUGUGCAGCCUGUGUGGCUGGCUUUCGCUCUAUAUUUCUUUCUGCCGCCUGAAUAAGCAUCGAAGCUAUGAGUGGAGCUGCCGCCUGGUUACUUUCACCCAUGGAGUGCUCUCUAUAGGCCUCUCGGCUUACAUUGGCUUCAUUGAUGGCCCAUGGCCUUUUACCCACCCAGGCUCACCUAACACACCCCUCCAAGUUCAUGUUCUGUGUCUCACCUUGGGCUACUUCAUCUUCGACUUGGGAUGGUGCAUCUACUUCCAGUCCGAGGGGGCCCUGAUGCUGGCUCACCACACGCUGAGUAUCUUAGGCAUUAUCAUGGCACUGGUGCUUGGGGAGUCAGGCACAGAAGUCAAUGCAGUCCUCUUUGGAAGUGAGAUUACCAACCCCUUGCUACAGAUGCGCUGGUUUCUCCGUGAAACAGGCCACUAUCACAGUUUCACUGGAGAUGUAGUAGACUUCCUCUUUGUGGCUCUGUUCACUGGAGUGAGGAUUGGUGUGGGAGCUCGCCUCCUUUUCUGUGAAAUGAUCUCACCCACACCCAAGUGGUUUGUGAAGGUUGGCGGAAUAGCCAUGUAUGCGGUGUCUUGGUGUUUUAUGUUUAACAUCUGGCGCUUUGCAUGGAAGAAAAGCAUUAAGAAAUACCAUGCUUGGAGAAGAAGGCGGAGUGAGGAACGGCAGCUAAAACAUAAUGGACAUCUCAAGACUCACUAGCUAAGACUUGCUUCAGACAAUGGACUGGGUUAAGUCAGCUGUGGGAACCAGGUUGGAAAUUAAACUUAAGACAAACUUAGGUUUCAACAAAGGGCUAAA